UGAACGGUUGUUGUGAGAGUGUAAGCGACCUGCAGGUAUCAACACACGCCAUGGCACCACAAGCAGAGUUACAGCAGGAGCUCAUCCUUCAGGCACUCGUGCUGGCUGACCUCUCCCAAGAUUAUCAACAUCUACUCCUCCAAGAUGUUCCAAAGGAAUUGGUUCCUCUUGUUAACACACCAUUGCUUGAAUAUACAUUGGACUGGCUUGAGCGUAGUGGUGUCAAUGAAGCCAUUGUUUACUGCCGGGCUCAACCCCAUGCUGAUAAGAUUCGUCAGCAUUGCCGGGCUUUUUCAACGCGCCGUGGGGACUGUGGAUUGAAAACGUGUGUGGUUUCUUCUGAAGACUGCCAGUCAAUGGGCGAUGCCAUGAGGGAUUUAUAUGCAAAAUCUCUCCUGAAUGAUGACUUCUUCCUCGUACAAGGAGAUCUAAUUGCAACUAUUGAUCUCAAAACACUAAUGACAAAACACAAAGAGCGUCGUACAGCAGACAAGAGUGUCAUCAUGACGUGUGUGUACCUGAAUGGUGAUAAUGAGACUUGCAGAGAUAAGGAAGCAAGUGCUACGCUCAUCACAGAUUCUUCCACUGGCAAACUGCUUAGCCAUCAGCAGCCAAACUGCUCCACCAAACUUUCUAUACCAACUGAGCUGUUUGAGAGCACUAACACUCUUCGAGUGGUGCCUGCUGCUCAUGACCCUGGCAUUGCUGUGUGUUCGGAGGUCGUUCCUUCUCUAUUCUCCGAUAAUUUUGACUACGGAAGUCGAGAUAGUCUUAUUCGAGGUAUAAUUGAGCAGGAAGAAUUGCUUGGGUAUACAAUACAUUGUGAGAUCCUUGAGUCUGGGUACGCAACAAGGGCAUCGUCCUUCAGUGCUUAUGAAAAAGUAAGUGGUGAAGUGAUCCGUCGCAUGGCUUACCCCAUGGUAUCUGAAGUGAGUUUAACGAGCCACCGCAUCCGAUACACACAUGACAUCUUCACCAAUAACUAUUGGGAUCCCUCGGCCAAGUUUCACAAAGGAAGCGGUGGCACCAAUGUAGUUGUGGGUGCGGGGUCUGAAAUCAGCACGACUGCUCAACUCCAGUGGUCGGUUGUUGGGGAUCACUGCACUGUGGAAGAUAACGUUAAGGCACAGUCGGCUUUUGUCAUGAAUAAUGUCAAUAUCAAGGCCGGUUGUGUUCUGGAUCAUUGUUUCCUUGGUAACAAUGUGAUGCUGGAGGAAAAUGUGAGGUUGUCGCCAGGAUGCAUAGUGGGUGCCGGGGUUGUCCUUGGACCAGAUAUAACGGUGCCACCAUCAACCUAUUUGGUCGCCACUUCUCCUGUGGAUGAAUUCAACCAACAAAAUGUUAAUCAAGAACCAGAUCCAAGUGUUUGUGGAACGAAAGGACGCGCUUUUAUAUUAGUGCGAGAGGAAGAUGGCGCCGAUGUUGAGGAGGAAUCGGAGGGUGAACUCGUGGAAGCUGAAGAGGAGGAAUCGGAAAUGAGCGAAGAUGAUAUGCCUGACUCGGCACAUAUGAGUGAUGAGGAUGAACAACGUGAACAUGAGUUCAAGCGGGAAAUGAUGGAAAGCCUAACAAAUGCUCUGCGCGAAUCAUCUGCAGCAGAGAAUGUGGUUCUAGAGAUUAAUGCGUCACGUCAUGCAUAUAACAUGAGCAUGGAAGAUGUCCUCACAACUGUGACUCAGGGCAUCAUCCGUGUAAGUGAAGACAAAACUUUGGGAAGUUGUAACACGGAGAUGUUGUGGCAGAGUGUCAAGCUUUCAAUCACUGCCUUUACACAUGUCCUUAAAAAUUAUAUUCGGAAGAACAGAGAUCAAAUCCUGGUUCUGAAUGCUAUAGAGUUACUGUUGAAUGAGUCACCGAAAUACUUGCCAGUUGCCCAGAAGAUUCUCUAUGAACUGAACCAAACACAUGAAAUCUUGGAUGAUGAGGUUGUGGUCCACUGGUUCAGAAAGGGAGGUGCUGCUACUUCAGUUUUUCCUGCCCUGAAAAAUGCUAUUGCAAGAUUUAUCGAGUGGCUGGAGCAGGAAGAUAGUGAUGAUAGUGAAGAUCAAGAUUAGCAUAUGGUCAUUCAUCUUAUGGUUGACAAAGCUUAAUUUGAAAUAAUUCAAUUUGCAUAACACAAUGUUUCUGAUAAAAUGAAUAUAAGUAAUAAUGGAAAUAAAAAGCGGCAAUCAUUUUAAGAUGAAAAAAUUAGGUGCAAAGGUCAUUUUCAUCUGACCAGUUUUGGUCCGAGCCCCUUUAUUUCAAAAUUACUGUAUUGCAAAGAACAAGCACUUGUGAUUUGACGAAAAAAAUAAAAGUACUGUAAAACUAA